AUGGUGGUGCCGGCCAACGCCGGUCUCAACGCUGGCGCCGGACUCGAUGCUAACGCAGGGGUGAAAGCUAACGCAGGGGUUAAAGCGAAUGCAGGGCUCAACGCUGGUGCAGGACUGAAAGCUGAUGCAGGACUGAAAGCUGAUGCAGGACUGAAAGCUGAUGCUGGUCUCAACGCCAACGCGGGCAUAAAUGCUGGCGCUGGGCUCAAUGCUGGUGUGGACGUGAGCGCCGGAACCAAAGGUAACAGUGGCGGCAACACGGGCAGCUACUCGAAGGGAGCGGUGUCCCCCGCUACGUCAGCUCCGCACAAGACCUCUAACCAAGCGUCGCAGACGGCUGCACAGACGACCACCAAGACUGACGCCUACCGUCACCUACGCGCGUAA